AAAAAACCUCUACAGGAGCUCGAAAGGCACCCGCCGGCGAUGUCAGCGAACGACGAGCCCUCCGGGAAAGGCUAAAGUGUAAGAGCUUCCGCUGGUAUUUGGAAAACAUCUAUCCCGAAAGCCAGAUGCCACUGGAUUAUUACUUCCUGGGCGAGAUUCGUAACGCUGAAAGUGAAAACUGUCUCGAUACGAUGGGCCGCAAGUCGAACGAGAAGAUCGGCAGCAGCUACUGUCACGGCCUCGGGGGCAACCAGGUGUUCGCCUACACCAAAAGGCUGCAGAUCAUGUCCGACGAUAACUGUCUGGACGCUUCCAACGCGCUGGGUCCGGUCAAUCUGGUCCGGUGCCACGGGAUGGGUGGCAACCAGGAGUGGAAGUACGAUCAAGAGGAAAAGACUAUCAAACACGUCAACAGUGGCAACUGUUUGACGAGGGCGAGCCGCGAGGAUGCCGCGACGCCCCUUCUGCGGCCCUGCAACUACUCCCUGGGGCAGAAGUGGCUGAUGCAGUCCAAAUUCAAGUGGCAAGCCCAGCACGGAGCCGACAACCGGAUCGAAGACGAAAGCAGAUAAAAUCCACAUCCUGCUGCAGCAAGGUCCAGCCGCCGUUCCGAGGGGAACCGGAACUAAGGAACAGAACUAAGAGAAAAAGAAAUCCGUGCCACAAUGUGAUUCCCUGUCAUCGACGCGUCAUCCCCGCCCUCCCCCCAAAAAGCCAAUUUCAAGCACCCAUUUUCCAGUUUUCCCAAAAACAAAAAAAAAGGUCAAACAACAAUUUGAGAAACAAGGACUGUCCAUACAUUGCACAACGGAGACCAAACUUGGGUUUGGUGCGCUUUCCAUGCGGACGUUGGUAGAUGAGCACAAAAAUUUAACUUCAGAACCGGGAACCGAUUUCGGCCGAGCUCGAGGACCCUUCCGUUUUUAGUCGCCUUAUUUGUAAUGUAGAUUAGUUUUUAGAGACUCCGACAAAUGUGAAGAUUUUUAUUGGUUGAUAUACAGAAACAUUAACUACUGACUGAAUGAAGGAAAACGUGUCCUCCCUGUUUAUUUUCUCAUUAUCCAACAUGAACAAGACCGCUCUGCCGCGAGAAUCAAUUAGCAAAAGAAAACGUGAGUCUGACCGCGCAAGCAAGUUGCAGGAUGCGAACCAAACGAAUGUGUUGUGCGUUUCAAUGAACCAAGUUUAACGCGUAAGAACGUGACCUGAAGUGCUGUUGUGUUGUGUGUCGGAAGUUUUAGGGGGGCAAAACUUGGCGACAAACUGUCGUUUCUAGAGGACGAAAUUGCCGCUAUAUGAUGCCGUUUCGCCGUCGUUGUCAACGACUUUUGACCCGAAACGUUAUGUUACUGAUUCCAAAUUAUGAUGCUGGAAAAUUCAGUCAUCUUUCCGUUAUGAUUUUUUUUUAUUUUUUUUAUUUAAUACACAGUUUUGAUUUGAAAUUUUACUAGUUAAAAGCAAACAUUGAAUCCGUUGGUAAUAUUUUAUUGGCUUCGAUGAAAUUGAACCGAUGGAACAAACCAACGUGCGUGUGCGAUAAAAAAAACUGCAAACUUUUGCCAAUUACCACUGGCAGCGGAAUAACGUUCCUUACAACAGCUAAAGGAACCGGAAACAACACAGCUCAAACACAAACACAAUAACCAGCUGCUGCCAUACCGGGAAAGUCGAGGUUGCAUGGCAGCAAAAGUGAAAAUCGAACACAGGCACCAACUUUCCUCUAUAGAGGGUGAUAAUGAGAAAAGUACCACACGGAAGAUCAACGGGAAACAUUGGGUGUUGAAAUUAAAUGUUGGGACUAAGUGAUGGAGAAAAUUAACAUUCAGUUUAUGUCGUUCGUAUUUUUAUGUUAUACACUUGAAUUGUUGCUCGUUGAAAAGUGUAUUGAAGCAAUGAAGGCUGGUUUACGAUGACUUGCUACAAGAAUAGUGAUCUUGUACAAAAAAAUUUAUUUGUUCCACAACAUGAUAGAAAGAUUAAAAGAUUAUUUUUCUUUUUUUCUUGGCUAUUCUAAAAGUUAUACGCCAUAAUAUUUUUUUUCAAAUUGGAUUAAAUUGAUAGCAUGGCAUUACGAGCGAUAUAAAGCGAUUUCGUUUUCAUCCAAACAACAACAACAACAUUUGAUAUAACAAUGCAACAUCAAGUGAGCGAAAAACUAAUCUAAACUACUCCACAAGGACCACUUGCAUUUAAACGGGGAACGUUUCAUCGCAAUCGUUCACGAAAGUAGAAAGUAAUCACGAGUUGACGUGAAGUCCGAAAAGCACAUUUAUUAUUGAUGACUGUUAUAGUCUGACAAAUCACAAGUACGAAAUUUUGUAGGUACCUACAUUUCUGCUAUAGAUUUGGUAAUUAGGCAAUGUUAACUAUCAGAAAGAACAAGAAACGAAGAGACGGGAGAAUACUUACUGUGACCGAAUGUUGUAAAUAGUCAUAUAAACCUUGAGGUAGGAUAGCAAAAAACUUGAGGGGAUGAACAAUCCCUUGAAGAAAAAAACAAUGCACUGGAACAAAGAAAGGAAAAGUAAUAAAUAUCAUUUAAUAGUAGCGAAAAACGAAAUAGAAACGUGGGUGGAUGAUAAGUUGAGAAAUCCAACAGAGUCAUUAUGGAUUUGUCUGUGAAGCAUAUAUUUAGCAGAAAUUUACUCACCACGUGUGAAUGAGUGAUAGCGAGAAAGAUGCUGAACGAAAAAAAAACAAUAUCAUUAGUUUUGUAAUAAAAAGAGCUUAUCAAUAUGUUUCCCUAUGCGAGAAAACUAUAAGAAACGGGCACCUUUGCUGAGAGGCCGUAUUGUUUUAAAUUUUAUAUACAUUUUGAAACUGGUAGGAGAAUACGCUAGCAAUUUCAAAUUGGUUAAGCAUAGCUUUCUUCUUUUUAAUCAACGGAUAAUUUUAAUACUGGUGGUGGUGUGCAAUGGUUUCUUUUUAGCUUUUGUGUUAAGUUAAGUUUAGUUAGAAAGAUUGAGAAAAAAAUGUUUUAAUGCAGGGGAGAUUAUGCGAUAGAAAUGAUAAACGUCCAUGUUUAUCAUAUCCAGUUCAGCUCUUGUCAACAUCACAGGAUUAUUAACAAACAACAAAAGUAAAACUAAUUUCCGAGUUAAUUUAAUUACGUUUUACCUCAGUAUUAGCCCACUUCCAAAAUCAUUCUAGAGAACAAAGCUUAAAUCGAAAAAAUGGAUUGAUCGCACAAAGGACAAAACGACUAGCAUAUCUUCUCCUCGAAUAUUGAGGGGGGGGGGAAAGCUUGCCAGUUCUCUUUGCUAAGUAAGAAUAGACUCCAACUUCUAAUACGUAUUUUUCAUAAACAUUCCUCCUCAGAGCAAAAAAUAGUAAAACAAUAUGAAGUUCACGUUUUUUCCCCGAAAACAGUCGAUGCUGCCGAUUAGUCCUGCAGAAAUACCUACCCAACAUCAACUGCGCACAUUACCCUUGCCUCGUUGGAAUGUAUAAAUGACACAAACAUCAUAAAAUUUUGGCUGAUUGACCGUUAGCCUCUAAAUUCAAUAAGGAAACUUCAUCACAAAAUUUAUUUUUAUUGCAGAAUCAAAGUUUUUUAAGCAAAAGGUGUUAUAUUGUAUUUCAGUUCCUAAGACUUUAAUAGCACACAAACUGAUGUCUUAAAGACGGCUUUUACUAUUGUAUUGCAGCAUACCUUAAUGCGAUUGAAUCAAUUCACUUAUUAAAACUUUGGGUUUUUUUCAUUCAAACAAAAAAAAAGUCUGUCAGUUCGAAUAUGAAUCAAUUAUAAGUUUUCAAUUAAAUCCCUCUCAAGUUCCUGAACCUUAUUAUGUCCUCGACAAUGUGUGCACAGUUUAUGGUGGGUAGGAAACUACAAAUAAAUGAAAAUAAUAGCAUAUUAGCUCUGUAAGUCGUAAGAUUAGAUUUCGUUUAUACUAACUUUUGAAUGGAAGAAAGGAAGAGACUAGUUUUUUUUAAUCCAUUGUAAAAAAGAAAACGCAAAUGUACCGAGCCAAUUUAAUUGCAGAGCAUUACGCGUCUUUGCCCUUCUAAACUUGGAAGUAGAUUUUAAUGUCGCAUUGUUUAAUAUAUCACGUAUCACAAAAAGAAAAAAAUAUCUAUUUGGCACUAAACCGUUUCGUUGAUUAAAAAUUCACUGUUAAUUUUUCAGCAAAUUGAUUUGCUAGCUACGUUCAGUUAGAACCUCAAGUUGAUUUUAAAUAAAAUUAUAAAAAAGCGCAGAUUAUUGUUAAGUAUGCUAUUUUGUUUUCCCCACUAAACUAACAAAGCGCUAUCAUCGGUGUGAAAGACUAUUACAUAUAUUGAAACAACAAAUAUCAGAUCAGAGAGUUUGUGAGAUCGGAGGUGUUGCUGCUAAUGUUGUUGAUAGCUCAACACAAAAUGAAGUGAUCAAAAAUCAGAAUGAUAAAUUUUUGAACAUAGAGUAAUAAAAGUAAUGACGUUUUUA